UUCGAACAGAUCUGAUCACUGCCAUGAAACUCCCUGAGUCCUAUCAGCUAAACGUGGACGAUUACUACAUACUAGCUGACCAGUGGCGACAGGAAUGGGAAAAAGGUGUUCAGGUGCCAGCUAAUACGGAGUCAAUCCCCGAACCAGUAGUGAGGGUUUUACCAGAAUUUGAGAAAACACUUUGUACUCCACAAGAACAAGUGUUGGACACUCUAACUGGCUCCGAGUCUGGCUAUGGGGACAUGAAGUUGCCUUCCAGGAGCACAUGUCGCUAUGACCUUGAUGAGGUUGAUGUCUAUUGGUUGGAACUGGUGAAUGCAGAAUUUCAGGGAGCAGGAAUGCUUGAAGUUGAUGAGCUGAUGAUGGAAAGGAUCAUUGAGGAGCUAGAAAGUCAGUGCCAAGAGAACAUGAACCUGGCAAUUGAGACGGAAGAGGGUCUCGGGAUUGAAUAUGAUGAGGAUGUGGUGUGUGAUGUCUGCCGUUCCCCAGAGGGAGAGGAUGGUAAUGAGAUGGUUUUCUGUGACAAAUGCAACAUCUGCGUUCACCAGGCAUGUUACGGAAUCUUGAAAGUGCCCCUUGGCAGCUGGUUGUGUCGGACGUGUGCCCUGGGGGUUCAGCCAAAGUGUUUGCUGUGUCCCAAGAGAGGAGGUGCUUUGAAGCCAACACGCAGUGGCACAAAGUGGGUCCAUGUUAGCUGUGCCUUAUGGAUACCUGAAGUAAGACAUCCAUCUGCAUGCAGACUAACAGCAGGCUCUCAACAAACUACCAUGAUCACAUUCUGAGACAAAGGGCUGUCCAGUACUUUUCCUGUUGAACAAGCAGAUUACAUUGAUGCAUUAAACAUUGAGUUGAUAGGAAAAUAGUUGGGAAUUGGCUUUGCUGUGAAUGAUGUGAUCAUGUUACAGUUAUCUAGAAUUGAAUAUUACAAGGUUAGCAAAACAAC